GGCCUGGACGAACUGCGGCAGAUGCAUUACCUGCACGCAGCGGUGACGGAGGCGAUGAGGCUUUACCCGCCAGUUCCGUUCAACUCGGCGGUCUGCUGCGCCGACGAGGUUUUGCCCGAUGGGACCGAGAUCAAGAAAGGGUCGUUCCUUUCGUACAACGCGUACGCGAUGGGCAGGAUGGAGGGGAUAUGGGGGAAGGAUUGUAAGGAAUUCAAGCCGGAGAGGUGGCUGGAGGGUGCCGGCGGCGAGUUCAGGGCGGAGAGCCCGUUUAAGUUUCCGGCGUUUCACGGGGGGCCGAGGAUGUGUUUGGGAAAGGAAAUGGCGUACAUCCAGAUGAAGUCGAUCGCAGCCUGCGUGAUCGAACGGUUCAAACUGGAAGUUCUUCUCGAUAAGGACACGUGUCCGGAGCACCUUCUCUCGUUAACGCUGAGGGUGAGAGGCGGGCUGCCGGUGCGCGUCAGUAGACGGAAUUCGGCCACGAUCGACGCAUGCGGCGUCAUCACAAGCGUCUCUUUCACCGUACGUGGUGCUAAUGCUGUUCAACUGUAACUUACGGUGGAGGAGUGGAGGUCUAUCCAGAAGGUUGAAAAUACUUCUUAAGCUAAGUUAUUAUAUUUAAAAAAAAAA